UAGGUCAAAUGAAACUCUCCCAACGAAUAGAGCAGCGUCUGUUGUCCAUCGGGUAGCCAUAUUGUGUUUUGAACGGAAUGUUGAAACGGUGAUCUAUUAUGUAUUUACUAAAAUAAAAUGGUUAAAGCUCAAGACAGAAAGAAAUUGGUACAUACAGAUAAUUAAGUCCUGGAAAUGGCCAAAAACUAUAUUCAUUUGAUUUGAUAGACGUUCAUAAAGAAGUUUAUUAUGAUGAAAAAAUUGAAAUAAAUAUGAUAAAAAUGUGACAAGUUACAGCUGAUUUUCAUAUUUUAAUCUCUGCAACAUGGUCAGAGAGGUAGAAGCUGGGGAAUCUGCCAACCCCACAUACACUAAGUGGCUGUUAGAUGCUAUACACAAGGUCAAAAGUCAGAAACAAAGACCAAGUGAUGAUAGGAUAUGUCAUGCUGUUAAACAAACACAUAAUGUUAGCAAAGAUUCUCUUAAAGAACAACUUGAACUAGCAGUGAAGGAUGGUUUUAUCUUAAAAGUAUUAAAUAAAGGAAUGUGUUCUUACAGAGAUCCAAACUCUGGUCCUAGACCUAAGUCAUUGAAAAUCAGUAGAAAGACUGAUUUGACAAAGUAUAUUAUUAGAGCUCUGAGGAAUAGUUCUGAAUCUGGUCUUAGUGUUAAACAAAUUGAAAAAUAUGUAGAAGAUAUUUAUUCUGUAGAAGUUGAAGAAACUAGUCUCUUUGAGAAUAUCAAGGCAUCCAUUAGAAAGGGCAUUAGUAGAAAAAUGUUUGAAAAAGAUGGCAAGCUAAUUAAAUUGAUAGAAAGGCCAAAUGCUGGAACUGGACCUAGCGACAUAGCUGAUGAAUUUUCAAGUGACCAUUCAUUUUGCUUCGAAGAAGAAAAUAAGGAGGUAUGUCCCCCUUGUCCAGUGUGCAGCUUUUGUCUUGGUGAUGAGAAAAAAAACAGAGAGGGUAAACCAGAAGAGCUAAUCUCGUGUGUUGAUUGUGGGAACAGUGGUCAUCCAUCAUGUCUGAAGUUUUCAGAAGAUCUUACAGCAAAUGUUAAGAAAACACGGUGGCAAUGUAUCGAGUGCAAAACAUGUUUCUUUUGUCGGAAAGCAGGCAGAGAGGACAACAUGUUAUUCUGUGAUUCUUGUGAUCGUGGGUUCCACAUGGACUGUUGUGAUCCUCCUGUUACAAAAGCACCUAAAGGCCAGUGGGUAUGUAAUAUCUGUGAUCCAGAGAGGGGCAAUAAGAAAGGGAAAAAGUACCUGGAAUUAGCAGAGAAAUACCGAAAGAAGUAUCAUAACAAGCCAGGUGCACUUAAAACUCCAGACAGCUUGAAAUCAAAGUUGAAAGAGACCUGUCCAACACCUGGUUGUGAUGGUUCUGGGAAUAUUAAUGGCAGGUCAUUGCACCAUAGAAAGCAAUAUCAGUGCCCCAAAAUACCUCCAAACCAAAGACCACCUCGAAAGAAGGGUUUAAAACCUGGUAGAAAGAAGCAUUUAGCGAGUGAUGAUAGCAGUUCUGGUAAUGUAAUGAGAUGUAACAUUUCCAAUGGUGAUCCUAUCUCUAGUGAUAGUGAACAGGAGAGCACCUUUGAGCCACUUUCUGCACUAAAUAAACCAAAAGGCCUUGUGGAUGGCCUGUCUAAAUUUUUUACACCAUCUGACAAAAGGAAAUCAAGAGUUUCAUUAAGCUCUGGUGCAGGUCUAGUCAAAAUUAGAACUUCAAAACAGAAGUCUAAAAUUAAAACAAAAAAACAUAGUCAGUCUCGACAGGCAGCAAGUAAAUUGAUAAGAAAAUCAAAAUUAUACAAUGCUCAUAGAAAGAGAAGAAAGCUAGGUGAACCUCCAGGUAGUGGACAACUUAAAGGACUGUUUGAUGGGCUUUCACAUAUAUUCACAGCACAGGGGGAAAGAAAAAGAACUUCAGCUGUGUAUAAUAACACUCGAAGACGUAAGAAAGGAAAGAAAGAUGGAACAGAAUUGGUAGUUGACUGUGAUAAUUCUAGUACUGAUGUAAAGGAAUCAUUAACUAUAAGGCAUACUGUGAUAGAUGGCAGGAUUGCUAAUAUUAACAUGUUACAGAGGGGAAGGGGACGUGGUAGAGGUAGGGGUAGGGGUCGAGGCAGAGGGAGGGGAUACAGAUCACGCAGUGAUUCUCCUGCAUCAGAUGUUGGACCAUUGUUCAGGGAGGACCUUCACACAGAUGACUACCUGUCUGACCAAUUGUCAACAACAAGUGCAGACAAUUCCUCGCCAGCAAGGAGCUUGGCUGGGUUCGGGAGGGCAAUGAAGGAUAGUGAGGGUGGAGAAGUGACAGAGAAUGCUUUACCUCCUGGGGUUUCCCAGGAGGACGUUGAUCUCUUCAAACAAGCUCAGGAUCAAGCCCUUGAUCUCCUUAAAAAGCUUGACACUGCUGGUUUACAGGAGUGGGCAGAACAGCAGGGUAAGAGAGACGUCAAACCAGACAGGGUACCCAGUCCAGAUACAGAGGCCCACACACCAACACCAGCAACACUCACAACCACGCCAGCUGUAUCAUCGUCAACAACAUUAUCAACCUCAUCAUCAUCAACAUCAUCAGCACAAGCUUUGUCCCAGCCAGUGAUGUCUCAGACACCAGUACCAGCAUUGCCAGCCACACCCAGCCAGACUACAACAUCGUGUAAUGUUCUGCCGUCUCAGGGAAGAUUUCCACCUUGUAUAGAGUUUGGCAAAUAUGAAAUACAGACGUGGUAUUCAUCUCCAUACCCACAGGAAUAUGCCAAAUUACCCAAAUUAUAUAUCUGUGAAUACUGCCUUAAAUACAUGAAAAGUCGGAGUGUUCUUCAAAGACACAUGAAUAAGUGUGGUUUACAGCAUCCUCCAGCGAAUGAGAUUUAUCGUCAUAAUGAACUGUCUGUGUUUGAGGUGGAUGGUAACGUUAGUAAGAUAUAUUGUCAGAACUUGUGUCUACUAGCCAAACUCUUUCUAGACCACAAAACGUUGUACUAUGAUGUUGAACCAUUCCUGUUCUAUGCUCUCACACAAAAUGAUGAGGAAGGCUGUCACCUGGUGGGGUAUUUUUCUAAGGAGAAACACUGUCAACAGAAAUACAAUGUUUCAUGUAUUAUGACCAUGCCACAAUGUCAAAGAAAAGGAUAUGGGAGAUUUCUUAUAGACUUCAGUUAUUUGCUGUCUAGACGGGAAGGUCAGGCUGGUUCCCCAGAGAAGCCUCUUUCUGAUCUCGGGAAAGUAAGUUACCAAGCUUACUGGAGAAGUGUUAUUGUAGAGUAUAUUGCAAAUUGUCCAGAGGAAACAUCCAUCACAAUCAAAGGUAUAAGUCGGCAAACUGGUAUGUGUCCCCAGGAUAUAACACAGACGCUGCAUCAGCUGAACAUGAUCAUCUACCAGAAUGAGAAGGUAGUAAUCAUGGUAAAUAGACAGUUGGUGAAUGAUCAUAUGGAAAAACUGCAGUCUGGGAAGAUGAAACGGUUACAACUGAAUCCUGAUGCACUGAAGUGGACACCUCUCAUUUCUAGUCAAAGUUUGUUAGACGAGGAGAAAAGCACAGCUAAUGAGUUAAGAAAAAUGUCCAAGCUGGUGAGCAGUAUGUCACAUGAGUUUGGAAGUAGUCCAAUCAAGAGUGAACUGGAUGGCUCGUAUCUUAGUCCAAUCAAGGAAGUAGUAGAAGUUACUGACAGCACACCAGUGAAAACACCACCAUCACCAAAGGAGAUAAAAUUUCCGAUUCGAAAGAAGCGUGGCCGGAAGCGUAAGAAUAAAAGUCUGUCAACAGGAACAGAAGAGAGCAAGAGAACAAAGUAUGAUUCUGAUGCUGAAGAUGAAGAUUCAGACAAUGACAGCAUAUUGAACAGUACAAAGAACGACUCUCUUUUGUCUAACACAGCAGAUACGGACACAUCAAUGAAUGACUCUGCAAUCUUUUCACCAUCUAAAGUAAAGCGAAAGGCAAGGGGCUGGCCAAAGGGUGUGCCAAGGAAUUCCUUUAGGAAGAAAAAAAUUGAAAUUGUAAAAAAGAAAAAGGUAACAUACGUCACACCUUAAAAAUGUUUACUGUGA